UCUGACAGACGUGUGAUGAAGAUGUUGAUGAUGAAGAUGUUGGUUCCUCUGUGUUCUCUGUUCUCUCUCCUCGUCUCCGUCCACGCUGACGUUGUGGAACGUUUUGAGGAUGUUCCAGACUGCCUGCAGUAUUUCUACCAGGAGAAGGUUCCGGCGUGGGGCGCCUCCACACCUGCAGCUGCUCGGCUCUGUCAGCGCUUCUACAACAGGUUCCACUUCGCCACUCUGUACGACACCAACCACCGUAUCGCUGUCUACUCCGCCUAUCACUUCCAGCCCAGCAACGGAGGAGGCCGGGAGAGGAGGUGGUUCGUGGAGCCUCAGCUGGUAGACAUGUCCUGGCAGGCAGAGAUGAAGGACGGCUACUGGCUGGGGAAGGACCACCCUGGGGUCUACCUGGGACAGAGACAGGCUCUGAACGAGGACUACACUCACUCUGGCUUCGACCGCGGCCACCUCAACCCCAACGGACACCAUGCAGUCCCGAGCCGCAACGCCACCUUCACCCUGACCAACGUGGUUCCUCAGAACCCCAAGCUGAACCAGAACGCCUGGAGGAUCCACGAGUCCCAGCUCACUGAUCUGUUCCGGGAGAAGUGCUCUAAGGCCUACGUGCUGGUCGGUGCCGUUCCCUCUGCGGACAACUGGAUCGUGAAGAACAACGUGAAGCGUGUGAACAUCCCAGACUACCUGUGGAACGCCUACUGCUGCGUGGACAACAAUGGCCGACCGGUUCAGAGUGGAGCUGCUGCAGCCAGGAACACGGAGGACAACUGGGUGGAGAAGCUGUCUCUGGAUGAACUGGGGGAGUUCCUCCAGCAGUUCUCCAACCAGCCUGUAGGGGAGCUGUUCUACAACUCCUGCAGGGUGUGAUUGAUAGCAAAAGGUCCUUUAAUUAUACAUUUGAUUUGUACAACCAUGAAAAGCCAUUUUCUAAUAUUGAUGCAAGUAUAGCAAUAAAUUUAAAAUGUGAGUCUCAUACAUGCUUUAUUUUCCUUCAUAUUCAAACACAAAUAGCCUCGAUCAGGGCCAAAAUGGGCCAAAAUGUAAAACUUGAAUAAAAUCGCGGGCCAACAUUGAACAAAUAAACCUUUUAAUAUAUACCAAACAUGUUUUGCUUUAACAUUAAAUAUGGAACCAGCAACGCUUAUAAACAUACAAUAUAUAACUAAAUAGUGCAGACAUGCAAAAUCAAAUUUCAAAUAAAAAACACAUCAAUGUCAUUAAUUUAUUAAAUAAAAAUUAAAUAAAAAUCGUAUGCCUCUUUUCUAUUUGCAUCCUUCUGAUUUAAAUAUCAAAAUAAACUUUUUCAACAGGUUAAUAAAUUCUGCCUUUCUUUUCUCCAUUUUUGGGAAGGGGUAGCUGGGAGACAGCUCUAGCUUGAGGUUGCUAUGACGACUGUCACCGAGGAGCGUU